AUGAGAGCUCGCCACGUCAAAAAAACUCCACAUAGCAACAAAAAAAAAGAAGAGUCUCCCACAGAAAACCCUUCACGCACGCACAGAGCUUCCUUCAAACCUCCUUCACGCUCACAAAGAACCUCCUUCACGCCGAACCUCCACAACCUGCUCGCACGCUCGCCGGUUCACGCCAUUUGCUCUGCUUCCUCUCUUCCUUCACGCCGAACCUCCACCACCGCCACACAGAUCGCCGGAGCAGAACGAUUUCGAAGAAGAAGAGUUCGCCGGAGCUUGGAAACAAACCUGAGCCGCCGUGAGCCACGAUCCAAAGAAUGUCAAAGGCAAAUAUUAGAAGUAGGAGUAAUGGUUGAAGAAGCAAAGCGCUCACUACGGAUAAAUGUGGAUGGAAUUGAAGAUGGAGAUGCUUUUUUGGAGAAAGAAAACGAAGAAAUUGACAGAAGUGGACCACCUUUGGAACUAAAUAUUGGAAGCUUCUUAUCACAUGCUUUUGAUGGAGCCGUAAAUGUGUCUUAGAAUCUUUUCCUUUUUGUUUUUGCUUCUGUUGGUCUAUAGUAUUGUUUUAAGAUGAAGCUACUUAGUCCUUUUCCUAUCAAAAAAUCAAUUUCAAGGUAAUGUCCAUAUGUGCUAGAUACCAUAUUUUGAAGAUGGUUGUAUAAUUGCUAUAUCAAACUUAAAAGCUAUAGUAUGUAAUAUGCAAAAUUCGUGUCUUAUAAAAUG